AUGCCGUUGACCGAGAGGGAGCUGGCCAUUUUGGCUGUAGCAGUGACCAAGAUGCAGUCCAUUGGCUUCCGGCCAUUCAACGCUGAAUACUUUGUGGAGGUUGACCAGAACUUUGGCCGGCAGACCUUCAACCGGCGCUCUCCGAGCCAUUGCCCGUGCCUCUUGCCAAACGGCAAGUAUAUAUUGACAAAGCAGUGGCGAUUGCUGUCUUCCCAGGAGAAAAUGCAGUUGCAGGGAGUUGGAAUGGAAGAAUACAAGAAGUACAAGAUGGACACCUUGUCCCCUUCCCAACUGUCCAACAUGGCUGGCAAUGCGCGCUCUUCUUAG